AAAAGUUUAGGUCAGGUCUUCACAGGCUUCACUUCAGAUCGUAUGCUGUGCUGUCAGGGUCUUUUUUGCUACUCAGAAGAAUUUGCAGUGAAUUUCACAUUUGUGAAGGAAACAACAGCACGUGGAACGUCUUCUCAGUCGAAUAAUCCUUCGUGUCUCGUGCUCUGAAGCAAAGAUGGCUAUGUUUGAUGAUUUCGAUAUAAUAACUCAGAAGGACCUGGAAGAUAUUAAAGAAUCCAUAUCUACUCAGGAUCUUCCAACAGCGGUAAACGCGAUCAAAGAAUUCCUUGAAAAACAGGAUCUGGUAGAACUUAACGUUGGUGUGACGGGGGAGUCCGGUUCUGGAAAAUCCACGUUUGUCAAUGCAUUCAGGGGUUUAGGGGAUGAAGAAGAGGGCUCUGCUCAAACUGGCCCUGUAGAAACCACUAUGGAGCCUAAAGCUUAUCUUCACCCAAAAUACCAAACUGUGAAAGUGUGGGAUCUUCCUGGCAUUGGACCACCAAACUUCAAAGCCGAUGAGUACCUUAAGCUUGUUGAGUUUGAGCGCUAUGAUUUUUUCAUCAUCAUCGCUUCAGAUCGGUUCAGAGAAUGCCACAUUCAGCUGGCCGAAGAGAUCACGAGAAUGGAGAAAAGGUUUUAUUUUGUUCGUUCCAAGAUUGAGUUAAGCAUUGAUGCUGAGAAGAGGAAGAAGAGCUUUGACCAGAAAAAGACAUUGGAUAUCAUCCGAGAGGACGGUGAAAAAGGUCUGAGAAAGAUCGGUAUAGAGGAUCCUGUCGUGUUUUUGAUCUCUAGCUUUGAGCUCGGCAAGUAUGAUUUAAAUCUGUUGCAGGAGAGAAUGGAGCAAGAGCUUCCACAGCAUAAGAGACGUGUGCUGAUGUUGGCUUUGCCGAAUAUCACACUGGAGAUCAAUGAGAAAAAGAAGAAAGCUCUAGAGGAAAACAUUGGAAAAGUUGCCUUACUGUCUGCUUUGGUGGCUACAGUCCCUGUUCCUGGUCUUUCAGUUGCUGUGGAUAUAGCCAUUGUUAAAAGGGAGAUAGAAACGUACUACAGUACCUUUGGUCUGGAUGAUCCGUCCCUGCAGAAGCUCUGUGAAGGAUCUGGGAAGACCAUUGACGAAUUCAAAAGUCUAAUGAAGUCGCCACUGAUUGGUGGGAUAAACCCAGCUUCAAUAUUACCCUUAGCGGGUGCUGCAUUUCUGGUUGUGGCUGAAAAUGCAGUUGAGUAUGCUGUGAGUCUCGUAGCCUUACUUGGCACUGUGGUGGCAGGAGGAAUGUCCUAUAUGACCGUCUCAAAAAUGCUGAGAAGAGCUCUGAAUGACAUAGCGGAAGAUGCCAGAAUCGUUCUAAUGGCUUCAGUGCAGACUGAAGUGUAAACACAGAAUGUGACAGAAAUGACAUGUAAUCAAGUCGCAGCUGCUUUUAUUCAAACUUGUAGCAAAUUUCUGUUAGUUUUGAGGAAUAAUGCAGCAUCAUAAUAUGUUGCUACACUCAUGAUACAUUACAUUUAAAAACAUUUAUCACUUUACUGUUGUAUUCAGUUCUUUUUUUAUAUGAUAUAGGGCAAACUUUUGACUAUAGUUUCAAUUUGAUGCCAUUUGAGGAACAAUACUCCCAGUGCUUGUUUUGCUCAUGAGUCCAAGAUAAAGAUCAGAACAGGAUGGUCACAUGUACAGGUUUUAACAGUUUAUUAACAGUUUAUUGAAUGGCCGUAAAAUCCAACCAAGUUUAGAGCAAUGACAAAUCUAAAUGUUUUUGCUGCACCUGCAAUUAUAUUUACAGCAGUUUUACAACAUACUGUAUGCAUAGUAAUAAAUGAUACAAUUUCUAUUUUAUGUUUUUAAACAACACUGACUCACACUCGCUUACUAAAGCUGCAAUCUCACUCCUACAGGUUUGCGCCACU